UUGCCUCGCUCCGUUCCGAUACCGGCCGCGUUUCCUGUGCGGUUUUCCUUUGAGAAAAAAAGUGUUUUUUAUUAUUUCUAUUAUGUAUCUAUAAAAAAAAAAAAUAGGUAUAUAAGUCUAUUUUGUCCAAACCAGUUACGUUCGUAUGAAUUGUGCGACCCGGGAAAGAGUAUUGUUAAAAUGCCUAAGAACCAGACGGGGUCUAAGUAAUAGUCGUAUAUGUCCAGUAACCACAGCUGUUGCAGGCAUCAAAACAAUUAUCUAUAACGGAAUUUAAAUUUAUCAUUUUCAAAACGGUAACAUUUUUCGUUGUCCUUUUAAUGUACAUCCUUAAUACCGGAUAAUGGAGAGUUCAAUAAUACAGUAGUCAUACGUAUUACUAUCGAAGGCGGUCGUUAUGUUGUCACUUCCGGCAAAGUCGUUGACUGUUGGUCUUUUGGCACUAACACUUGUAGCGUGUGUCGAUGCCGUGGGCAUUCUCUAUCCAAGGGAAUCUGAGUCUCGAGAAGUCAAGUCGUUGGACGGCAUGUGGAAUUUUCGACUGUCCGAACCAGACUCGUUGAUCGGGUUCAAAGAACGUUGGUACAUGAAAGACUUAAGCAAGACGGGUCCCGUUAUCCAAAUGCCCGUCCCCAGCAGCUACAACGACGUCAUGGUGGACAAGAAGAUCAGAGACCACGUCGGGUUAGUGUGGUACGACAAGACGUUUUUCGUGCCGGAAACGUGGAGGCUUCAGGGCUACCGGAUAUGGUUGAGGUUCGGCAGCGUCCAUUAUGCGGCCCAAGUGUGGGUGAACACGCAUUUAGUCAUGAGCCACGAUAUCGGCCAUCUGCCGUUCCAGAAAGAAGUGACGACCUACCUGAGGUUCGGACGGUCAAACAGGAUAACCGUGGCCGUCAACAACGAACUCACGGCCAUCACUGUGCCCCAAGGAUCUUUUCAGAACUUAACCAUUAGUAACACAACGACCAAAGUAAUUCAGCUGUAUACCUUUGACUUUUUCAACUAUGCCGGUAUUCAUAGAUCGGUAUUUUUGUACACUACUCCUAUAGUGUACAUAGACGAUGUGGACAUUAAGACGGAUUUCACCGAGGAUGGAAAAGGAUUGAUCCACUAUACCGUGUCGUACGGUGGGUCGUUGAGCAGCGGCGAGACCAUCAACUGUUCGGUGUCGGUGUUGAACGGCGACAACGUCCGGGAUAGGUACACGGUGAGCCUGGACGAUCCCGAAGGACUGUCGGGAACCGUCGAGAUCGAAAACGCCAAACUGUGGUGGCCGUAUCUGAUGAACGACCAGCCAGGGUACAUGUACACGUUGGAGAUCAAACUUUCGACUACUUGGAACGUGGACGACAUCUACCGGAUACCCGUGGGCAUCAGGACGAUCAAGUGGACCAGCGAUUCGUUUUUGAUCAACGACAAACCGGUGUACCUGCGCGGUUUCGGCCGGCACGAGGAUUCGGAUUUCCGAGGCAAGGGCAUGGACUACGCGCUGGUCACCAGAGACUACGAUCUCAUCAAGUGGGUCGGAGCCAACUCUUACAGGACUUCCCACUAUCCGUACGCCGAAGAGAUCAUGGACUUUGCCGACAAACACGGCAUCAUGAUCGUGGACGAGUGUCCCAGCGUCGACACGGACAACUAUUCGGACAAGCUGCUGAAGAAACACACCACCAGUCUUGCCGAGCUCAUCAAAAGAGAUAAAAACCGACCUAGCGUGAUCAUGUGGUCGAUCGCGAACGAACCGCGGUCCGAUCACAAGGAUGCAGACAUGUAUUUCAAAUCCGUAGCUACUUACGUGAAAAGCUUAGACCACACGCGGCCAAUAACCUCGGCUAUUGCGACAAAUGUCGAAACUGACGAAUUGGCCAAACACUUGGACAUCAUUGGUUUCAACAGGUACAUCUCUUGGUACUCGAAUGCGGGACACACGGAGAUGAUCAAGUACAAUCUGGUAAACGAAGCGAUCAGAUGGCAUGCCAAGCACAACAAGCCCGUUUUCAUGACUGAAUACGGUGCCGACGCCGUGGCCGGUUUGCACAUGAGUCCGUCGUUCGUCUGGUCCGAAGAGUACCAGGUGGAACUGAUGUCUGAACAUUUCAAAGCGUUCGACGUGCUCAGGGCCAAAAACUUUUUCAUCGGCGAAAUGAUUUGGAAUUUUGCCGACUUCAAGACUGAACAAUCUUACAGGAGAGUUGGGGGAAACAAAAAAGGCAUAUUCACGCGACAGCGCGAGCCAAAAGCGUCGGCUCACCUCCUGAGGAAAAGAUAUUGGGCGUUGGCCAACCUGUUGGACGGUGCAAAAGUUCCUGAAAACUUGAAUUCCUACAUAGCGUCUAACGAUUGCCAAAAGCACGUUGAGCUAUGAUAAAAAUUAUAUAUAUAUUUUUUCUAUCACAGGACCUAUCAUUUUUAUUAUUAUAUACUUAUUUAUUGUUUUCCUCUUAUAUUAUAAUUAUUUAAUUUCUAUAACGUUAUUGGGGGUAGUAGCAGGAAAACGACGUUACGAAAACCUCAGUCUUAGCUGGCUGAGUGAAAGUCACUUAUGUGAAACUAACCUGAAGUCAGGUAAGGAUUUUUCAUAGCGUCCCCCCCCCACCCCUUAAAACUGUUAUUUAUCAAAUAUAGUUAGUAUGCAACUUGUCUGUCGCUAUUUUCUUAAAUUACGGUUAUAAUAAUAACACAGCAAAUAAUAAAAAA